AACCAGAAUGACAAGUCACAAGGGCAGUGACGGAAUUUCAGAUAAAAUGAGUUUAACAAACCGGAGCAGAAAGAACAAAGUUGAAUGCCGUCAAGUUUGUGUUGACCAUAUUCCGCGUCAGUAGGCUAGUUCCCAUCGCUGCAAAACCAGUUUGACAAGUCAUAAGGGAAGUGACGGAAUAUCAGAAGUAUUUUCCUUCGCGUUUUCUACAGCCCUACUGUAACACCUCAAUUAUAACUUAUAUGUGCCAUAUUAAGUAUGAAUAGUCCGCGAAGGGACAACAAGUCUUCUCCAGUGGUUCCUCCCAGACCCAGCAGCGAGGUAGGGCACUGAUUGAAUACACACACUAGAGCUGGAACGAUAAACCGAAAAGUAUCGAACAGACCGAUUACUUAUCGCAGGCAUUUUGCUGAUCUCGAUCAUUACGGAGAUGAGCAACCCAACCGCACACCGCUUGAACAAAGAGAAUGAUACGAGCAGUAACUCACAGAGGACUGGGAUGAUGGGAGUCAUGCAGAAAAUCAACCCGUUCAAAACUACGACACAGGCCUCCUCUACAGCCAGUACAGCUACAGAUCCAGUGUCAGAGAAGACUGUGGAUGGAAAUGUCCCUGAAGUGAAACAGAACCUGGGUAUGUUUAAAGGAGUGACACAGAAAGUCAACCCAUUCAGGUCCUCUACACAGGCGAGAAAAGAGGACCCUCCAAAAGAAACUGUGGAUCAGGAAAAGCUACCAGAAGGCAAACAGGUCUUCCAGAACCCUGGAAUGUUCACGGGAAUGAUGCAAAAAGUCAACCCUUUCAAAUCCACAGCACAGACACAGUCGAUACACAGUGAUCUGUCCUCCAGUGCUGGCAGUCUGGCCGAGAACACCACAACAGAAAGACAAGUGAGGCAGGAGGAUCCUUCGACAGACACUGUAGGUCACCAAGUGACAGCGAAGCUACCUGAAGCCAAGCAGAACCCUGGAAUGUUCACGGGAAUGAUGCAGAAAGUCAACCCAUUCAAGUCUACAGCACAGAAUCAGGAUACUCAGGCCGUACACAGCAAUCUGUCUUCCAGUGCUGACAGUCUGGCUUCUACAGGAAGACAGGUGAUAAAGGAUGACCCUCUAACCGACUGUGUGGAUCACCAUGCCACAGAAAAGCUACCAGAAAGCAAACCGCAGCAGAAUCCUGGAAUGUUUAUGGGAAUGGUGCAAAAAGUCAACCCUUUCAAAUCUACAACACCGAUUCAGGACACCCAGUCUAUACACAGUGAUCUUUCCUCCAGUUCUGGCAGUCUGGCUGAGAGUAACAGUUCUGCAGGCAAACAGAACCCUGGGAUGUUCAAGGGAAUGAUGCAGAAAGUCAACCCAUUCAAAUCUACAGCACUGACCCAGGAGACUCAGCCGUCAUACAGCGAUUCAUCCUCCAGUUCUGACAGUCUGAGUGACACCAGCGUCUUCAGUCCUGCGGAGAAUCAGACCGUGUGGUACACAGACAACGAAGCAACUUCUUCAGUGAAAAGUGGACCUCCACCACCAGAAGAAAAUAAGAAAAGGACUGGGACAUUCCAAAUCCGAAGGAUUCUCCCUGGUGCCCUGUUUGGCAAUGAAGCUAAAAAUACUGAUGCUCAGCCCACAGCCCAGGCGGGCCAAGUGGAUGUCCAGACACUGGAGAUGGCUGCAGUGCCAGUACCUGGUGAAGGAAACCCACCGGACAGUGAGGAUGUAUGUAUCACAUGUACUAUGUUGCAUUAUGAUACUUCCGAACUCACCAUGACAUUUCUUAUAUUGCAUUAUAACACUAUGACACUGGAGAUGGCUGCAGUGCCAGUACCUGGUGAAGGAAACCCACCGGACAGUGAGGAUAGGGAGGAAGGUCUUAUGGAUUGGUGGCAAACAGUAGAGGGUUGGGAAACGUGGAAGGAGUCCAACACCUUUGACGCGGAUGAAGGCGAGAUGGCAGUGGAGGCGGUGGCGGACCGUGUCUUCAUGGCGGCCCGUCUCUUCGUGCGUCUCUUCAACCAGCGCGGGGCCUCCUUACAGCAACGCAUCCUGGAGCUCCUAUCAUUGGCCGACGCCGCCGACAGCUUCCACAAGAAGACUGUGAAGGCCAGCGUGGGGGGCGGAGUCGCCAGCGUUGCUGGGAGCAUCACCACUAUCACCGGCCUCAUCUUGGCGCCGUUCACCAUGGGAACGUCGCUCAUCGUCACGGCGGUGGGCAUCGGCGUUGCGACGGCGGGCGGGGUAGCGUCAGCCUCUGCAAAUAUUACCGAUACGGUGCACUCCAAGACAGACAGGAAGAAGGUGGAGAAGAUGAUUCAGGAUUACCAGGAGGAGAUGAAGGUUAUCAAGGAGUGUCUGGACUUUUUGCAGGUCGGUAUGGAGACCCUGGAGGAGUGGGACUUUGAUCAGUACGUGGACAGCAUCUCUAAGAAAUAUCUCAACCAGAAUGUCAAACACGUGAUGAAGGAGGGUGGCCGGGCCGGCAAGGCAUUACUAAUCAACACAGAAAGUCUGAUCAACACCGUGCAGGUUCUCAACGUGGCAGGCGGAGCGGCCAAGGCAGCCCAGGUGAUGAGUGUCACCACAGGAGUAAUGUCGGGUCUCUUCCUGGCCCUGGAUGUGUUCUUCCUGGCAAAAGACUCCAUCGAGCUCAACAAAGGAGCCAAGACUGAGUUCGCUGGGAAGAUCAGGGAAGUGUGUAAGGAUCUUCAGAAUGGACUGUUGGAGCUCAACCGCAUCAAAGAGCAACUGCAGAAAACUAUGGAUGGGAUCGAGGUGGUGGAGGAAGAGGAGGAGGAGGAGGAGGAGGUGUACGAGUCUGAUCCAGAGAAACUGGCCCAGUUGGAAGAAUGAGUGAAGGAAGAGAGGGAGGGAAGAAAGUUUUCGGUAGUGAAACCGAAGGCGUUUGACCAAAAAUGUUGACCAAUUUGUUUUGUUACUUAUUCCUUUACAUGCAGUAGACCUAUAAUCUGUGCUAUGUUUCAGCCAAAAAGGUGCCUGGAAUGUUUUUGACAUGGCCAAACUUUGCCAAAUUGCCACUUUAUUUUUCAGUUGAGAAUGUAGUGCCUUAUUUAAUGUAACACCGAUGGUGUCACUAGUCUUCUUAUUUCUAUAUUUUGCUCAUUUUUAUGACUGGUUAGUAGGGGAGAGUUUGGAAUGAUGACCCAUUUUUUACAUUCAGCAUCACUAGUUCAAACUAAAUAUAGUAUUCUUUCUAACAAAGAUAUUGAAAUAUAUUUCAGGAUGUCAUGUAUCUCUGGAAAUAAUCAGAAUUCAUGUAAACAAAACACCUUUGAAAACACAACUUGUCCAACAAAAGUAGUUUUGUUUUGGGGUAAAUUGAGCAUAGGGACACAUUUCUAACACUUUUAACGUAGGCUCAGGCCCUGGUUUAACCUCAUAUCCCAGUGAUAAUGCCUUGCAUUACGCCUAGGAAGAAAACACUUCAUUUGAGGGCCUAAAGGGGGAUGAACCUAACCGAGGAAGGCAUUUUUCAUCAUUUGAGUAAUUAUGACUAAUCAUACGGAUGGCGAGGUGUCUUCAAAAAACGAUGCUUGUUAUGUAUAAAACUGACAAUAAUAAUCAUUUUUAUGGGGUAUAUUGAUAGCCAAUGGCUCAAUUUGACCCUGGCAACAAUUUUGACUAUAUUAGCCCACUCAAGGAUGCACUUUCAUGCUUCUGUUGGUAUAAGACUUGAAUUUUAGCUUAUAAAGACCCCAAAUGAUGUAUAGAACAAUCUACUUUAGUUUAGAUACAAGCAGUGGUGUCAAGUACUUAAUAAGUAAAAAAUACUUUAAAGUCCUACUUAAGUAGUUUUUGGGGGUAUCUGUACUUUACUAUUCAUAUUUUGACAACUUUUACUUCACUACUACACUCCUAAAGAAACCUAUGUACUUUUUACUCCAUACAUUUUACCUGACACCCAAAAGUGACAUUUUGAAUGCUUAGCAGGACAGGAAAAUGGUCUAAUUCACACUUUUACCAACAGAACAUCCCUGGUCAUCCCUACUGCCUCUGAUCUGGGGGACUCACUAAACACAUGCUUCGUUUGUAAAUGAUGUCUGAGUUGGAGCAUGCCCCCGGCUAUCAGUAAAUACAAUAAAAACUGGAACAUGUGGCCAUCUGCUUUGCUUAAUAUAAGGAAUUUUAAAUUAUUUAUACUUUUACUUUUGAUACUUAAGUACAUUUUAGCAAUUACAUUUACUUUUGAUUACUUAAGUAUAUUUAAAACCAAAUACUUUUAGACUUUUACUCAAGUACUAUUUUACUGGGUGACUUGCUUUUACUUGAGUGUAUUUUCUAUUAUACUCAAGUAUGAUAAUUGGGUAAUCUUUCCACAACUGGAUACAAGCAUGAUGAAACCUAUAACACAAAUUAAUUUGACUUUGUGAAAAUAUGUUUUUUGGAACAAACUUGUUUAACACUUUUUCCAUGUGGGUUCUUACCUCUUCCUAACUCUUCCAGUCAUUCAAGGGUUUUUCUUUAGUUUGACUAUUUUCUACAUUGCAGAAUAAUAGUGAAUACAUAAACUAUCAAAUAACACAUAUGGAAUCAUGUAGUAACCAAAAAAGUGUUAAACAAAUCAAAAUAUAUUUGAGAUUCUUCAAAGUAGCCACCCUUUGCCUUGACAACUUUGCACACACUUGGCAUUUCCUCAACCAGCUUCAUGAGGUAGUCACCUGGAAUGCAUUUCAGUUAACAGGUGUGCCUUGUUAAAAGUUAAUUUGUGGAAUUUCAUUCCUUAAUGCUGAGCCAAUCAGUUGUGUUGUGUCAAGUUAGGGGUGGUAUACAGAAGAUAGCCUUAUUUGGUAAAAGACCAAGUCCAUAUUAUGGCAAGAACAGCUCAAAUAAGCAAAGAAAAAUUACAGUCCAUGAUUACUUUAAGACAUGAAGAUCAGUCAAUUCUGAAAAUCUCAAGAACUUUGAAAGUGUAUUGAAGUGCAGUUGAAAAAAACAUCAAGUGCUAUGAUGAAACUGGCUCUCCUGAGGACCGCCACAGGAAGGAAGACCCAGAGUUACCUCUGCUGCAGAGGAUAUGUUCAUUAGAGUUACCAGCCUCAGAAAUUGCAGUCCAAAUAAAUGUUUCACAGAGUUCAAGUAACUGACACAUCUCAACAUCAACUGUUCAGAGGAGACUACGUGAAUCAGGCCUUUCUGGUUGAAACCACUGCUAAAGUAGACCAAUAAUAAGAAGAGACUUGCUUGGGCCAAAAAACGAGCAAUGGACAUUAGACCAGAGGAAAUAUAUCCUUUGGUCUGAUGAGUCCAAAUGUGAGAUUUUUGGUACCAACUGCUGUGUCUUUGUGAGACACAGAGUAGGUGAACAGAUGAUCACUGCAUCUGUGGUUCCCACCUUGAAGCAUGGAGGAGGAGGUGUGAUGGUGUGUGGGUGCUUUGCUGGUGACACUGUCAGUGAAUUAUUUAGAAUUCAAGGCACACUUAACUGGCACGGCUACCACAGCAUUCUGCAGCGAUACGCCAUCCCAUCUGGUUUGCGCUUAGUGGGACUAUCAUUUGUUUUUCAACAGGACAAUGACCCAAAACACCUCCAGGCUGUGUAAGGGCUAUUUGUCCAAGAAGGAGAGUGAUGGACUGCUGCAUCAGAUGACCUGGCAUCCACAAGCACCCAACCUCAACCCAAUUGAGAUGGUUUGGGAUGAGUUGGACUGCUUAGUGAAGGAAAAGCAGCCAACAAGUGCUCAGCAUAUGUGGGAACUCCUUCAAGACUGUUGGAAAAGCUCUCCAGGUGAAGCUGGUUGAGAGAACGCCAAGAGUGUUCAAAGCUGUCAUCAAGGCAAAGGGUGGCUACUUUGAAGAAUCUAAAAUCUAAAAUAGAUUUUGAUUUGUUUAACACUUUUUUGAUUACUACUUUUUUGAUUACUAUUACUGAUUCCAUGUGUUAUUUUAUGGUUUUGAUGUCUUCACUAUUAUUCUACAAUAUAAAAUAAAGAAAAAUCCUUGAAUGAGUAGGUGUGUCCAAACUUUUGACUGGUACUGUAUUUGUCACAUGGCAGAGCUACCCCUUUGGAACAACUUACCCCACUUUCCCCUACUGUGAAAUAUAUAGUUAUUUUUGUUUUAGUUGAAUAGUAAUUUAGUUGAAUAGUAAUAUAUUUGUAUUGUAAUAUUGUAGAUUAAAUGUGAUAUUUUUUAUUUAUACAUGUAGUAGGACCAAUAGAUAUGUUUGGGACUAUGAUAAAUCAAGUCUUUUUCCGAACUUGGUAAUAAAGGAUUUCUCACUUAA